AUGCACAGCCUCAUCGACACCGAGGGGGUGGACUCAGUGGCCAUGUCUGGGACCCCAUCACGGGAUUGGACCUGGCGCACAUCGAGGGUAUACCCCGCUGGAGAUUUGCUGGGCCUGGGCGGAGGCACUCAGGCAAUGGCUCGUGUCCACAGAGAGGCAACAUUGGCUGGCAGCAAGACCGCUGGUGAGAGCCGAUGGGCGGCACAUGACUUUGAUGUCCCUGGACAAGAUCUGGGAGCAAGAAGGGCAAGCAAUCCAGUCAGCGGUCGGCUCCAAGCCAGGCCAGGGGUGUGCUGCACAGAAGUGGGGGAAAAAAAAACUGAGGUCAUUGGUGAAAGACCCUGA